AUGUUCGUGAAGCUCCUCACCAUCAUCGUCUUCUUCGUCAUUCUACUCUCUCAACUCCAAAAAUCAUCUUCCCAGUUUCUCGCCAACUUCAGUACUUACAAUGGCUUUCAUCCUCCAUUCGAUCUCAUAUCCCUCCAAGGGAUCGCUAGCGUCACACCUAGGGGUCUAUUAGAGCUAACAAAUUCAACAUCGCAUCAAACCGGUCACGCCUUCUACACCCGACCAAUCCGGUUCAAAGAUACUCCAAACGACACCGUCUCAUCCUUCUCCACAACAUUUGUCUUCGCCAUCCACUCACAGAUUCCGACACUUGGCGGCGACGGCAUCGCCUUUGUCGUGGCUCCUACAUCCAGCCUCCCGUUCGCAAGAUCCGGACAAUACCUAGGACUCUUCAACCUUGUGAACAACGGUAAUGAAACGAACAAUAUAUUCGCUGUUGAACUAGACACGAUUCAGAACAACGAGUUCAAUGACACGAACGAUAACCAUGUCGGGAUCGAUAUCAAUAGCUUGAAGUCAGUGAAAAGUUCACCAGCAGGGUACUGGGACGAAAAAGGUCAGUUUAAGGACCUUACGUUGAUCAGUGGUAAGCCCAUGCAGGUUUGGGUCGAUUACAAUGGUCGUACUAAUCAGAUCAAUGUAACAAUAGCUCCAUUUAGAAAGGAUAAACCUACAAAACCUCUCGUCUCUACGGUCAGGGAUCUAUCCCCAGUUCUUUUGCAAGAUAUGUUCGUAGGUUUCUCGUCUUCAACUGGUUUGAUUAAGACAAAACAUGUUGUCCUUGGGUGGAGUUUUCGCGUGAAGGGGAAAGCUCCUCAGUUAGCCUUACAGAGACUUCCAAAGAUUCAAGAGCCGCAGCCCACGACAUCCGGAAUCUCACCAUUUACUUCCGUGUUUAUUCCAGUGUCGGUUCCCAUUAUUGUGUUUAUCUUUUCCGUCAUCUUCCUAGUGCGCUUCAUAUUAAGGAGGAGGAGAAAGUUUUUGGAGAAGCUAGAGGAUUGGGAAACAGAGUUCAUGAAGAACUGA